AGUAUUGUUGGAGUCCGAAGUAUUUUAGGAGGGACCGAGAAGAGGCGGGGUUCAAUGUCUUUAUCCAAUCAGAAUGAACACUACUUUGACGGAAGUUGGGAAUACCCGAAUGUGGGUUUCGAAAACGCAUGGACCAUUACAAAACAUAAUUUAACACUUUAUAUUAUCUGGUUAGUCCCACACUUUAGAUUACCGGACAGUUUGGAGACUUGAUAAGAUGGUGUACAUGGUAGUUGAGAAACACACUGCUGAUGUUCUCCAUCUGAAGAGAUCACCUGGGAUUCGAUCAUGGUCCCUACUUGUUGGGAUUGCCUCAGUUGGCCUGGCUGCAGCAUAUUACAGUUCUGAUAGUGUGUUAUGGAAACUAUUCUAUAUAACUGGCUGCUUAUUUGUCGCACUACAAAAUAUGGAGGAGUGGGAAGAUGCAGUGUUUGACAAAUCUAAGGGUAAAAUAGAGCUGAAAACAUUUAGUCUGUAUACCAAGAUACUUACCCUGUGGAGAAAGGGACAUGAUAAAGUUUUGCUGGAUUUGCGGCACCUGCGUGACAUAAGUGUUCAAGAGGAAAAAGUGCGAUAUUUGGGAAAGGGCUAUGUCCUGGUCCUAAGGAUGGCCACUGGAUUCUCUCAUCCCCUGACUCAGAAUGCUACAAUUGGGGGACAGAGUGAUGUGGAGGCACUUGUAGCCCUUCUGAAGCGUUUCUUGGAACUUGAAGCACUGCAGCAUCACCUGGAAGAGGAAGAGGAAGAUUGUGAUGAAGAUGAGGAUGACUUUGAGCAGCUGGGUGUGGAAGGGGAUGAUGAGAGUAGUGAUUCAAGGGAUGACAGUGAACUGACCUCUCAAUGACCACUGGUCUCAUUAAUAUGUUGAUGACAGACUCUAAUUAAUCAACAAACCUCCAGUCUUAAGAACAUUCCAUUACCUAAAAACCUUUUCUUUUAUGUAAGUGCCUCAGUAGUAUGCUGCCCUCCAUUGUAAUGUUGUUGGUGUGAUCUUUUCAUAGACUUCUGUAAAGAUGAACAGUAUUACCCAGAAAAUAUAUUGCUAAUAGGAAGUUAGUAUGACUAUUAAUAGUAACAAAAACAACAACAAUAAUAACAACAAUUAUUUUCUUUAUAGAACAUUUUGUAAAUGCAGCCCAAUUUCACUGGUGAGUGGCAAAUUGUUCAAGAGUUCUAAAUGUUUGGUGCAUCACUUUUUUUCUGAGUUUUGUUUUUCUUGUUUUACUCAGGAUAUAUUGGUAAGACAGCACUGGAUGAUCUUGAAAUCUGAUUUAGAAAAUAAUGUAACUUUAAGAUGAAAUAAUGUAUAUGAUGGUGCUGAAUUUUUUUUAAACCUUAAAUAAGUCUCUUGGGACACAUGUUGCUAUAACAGUUUGUAAAUAGUCAAUGCCAAUAUAUUUUAGAGUACAUAUAUAGUCUUUGAAUGGCCUGUACUGGUGAUAUGCUGCCUGUUUGCUGAAAAAUAUAGUUUUAUUUGUGCUUACAGAGGGGAGGGAGAGAAGCAUGGAUUGGCCAAUGUCUCUUUGAUUUACUGUUGAAGUUAGAAAUGAAGGUGCUUCUUUUUAAAAGGGGAAAGGUGUUUUAGACUCACUAAUGUCUGUGGAUUGCAGUAGUAUUAUUGCAUGAGUAGAAGCCUUUAAGCUAAUCAUCCUUUUGCCAGUGGAUUUAGAAAAGAUCAAAAUGUUUAAAUUUUUGUGGUCAAUAUACAUAUUUGUUAUGCUAUUAUGAUAAACAAGUAUAUAAAACAUAACAAACAUUCA